UGCUCCCAGUCAUUUCUCCCUUUCUCCCCCCUCCUCACUUCUUUGCUCCCCUCCUCCCGCUCUGACUAAGUGCUGCAGCAUCAGUGCAAGUGUGUAUGUGUGAGAGAAAGCAGCACGGAACGAAAGAGAUGGACAAGUGUGUGUAAGCAGAGUGUGUGACCGUGAAGCACCGGGGAUCCUGAGCCUGGAGGGGAGCCGUGUGAGCAGAGGGGGGACUCUUCUGCCUGUGGAUGUAUGUGCCAGGACAGCGUUAUUUGCAGGCGAGUGGAUGUGUGUGCGUGUGAGAGACAGUGAGUGUGGGCAUGCCAGCGUGCAUCUGUGUAACACUGUCGUCGAUCAGCGACAGGCUCUUCGCAUUAUGCAGCCGAUGGUGCUCAUCACACUUUGAGGACUGACUCAUCUAGCUCGGCUGGUGAAGACAGAAGAACGAAAGACAGAGGAAGACGGGUGGAUGGAAAGACAAGGAGGGAGAUUUAGGUUCCUGAUGCUCUGGGUCCCUCUAGAACAUUCAAGAGUCUAAUCUGUUUGUGGGAUGCCAGUAGCCCCCUCUUGUUCCCCCACAAAUUGGAAUUGCAGACAUAACCAAACACAAAUCUAAAAUUGCUCAAAAAGCCCUAAAAGAAAAAUAAAUUCCCAACCAUCGCCUGACCGAAAGGAAGGUGUUCACUUCUCCUCUGCUCCACGGACGAGGACAGGAGGAUCUCCAGUCUCUGCGUUGUCUUUUUCCGCUUGAUAUUGCUCUUUUUUGGGGUGGGGGCGGUUGCAGGAUCCUAUCCCAGAACCAGGAGGAGAGAUAAGAGGCUGGCAGACAAGACGGGACAGACGCAGGCAUGGCUCGCCUCAACUGGUGCCUGGCUGCUGUCAUCAGCUGGGGCAAGUUCCUCUUUGCCUGCUUCUUUCCUCUGCGGGGGGCCAAACGAAACAAGCCCGACGAGCUGGAGGGUGUCCACACACACACCUUUAAGCUGAAGCCAUUCAAGAAGGCCAAGAGUUGUGAUAUAUGCAAGCAGGCCAUCACCAAAGAGGGCCUCAUCUGUAAAGCGUGCCGGCUAUCCUGCCAUAAGAAAUGUGAAGUAAAGGUCACUACAUCAUGUCAAACAGCUACCAACUGUGAGCCGCCUCCUUCUCUUCAACUGCCAUUAAAGCAUGUAGACACACCGGGAUCUACGAGAUCCUGCAAAAGUGUGGAGAUAAGGCGAAAGCAGUCACGGAGUCAGAGCGUGGUUCUGGCCAUGGAGGAGAGCUAUGAGGUGGACCUGGUCUACAUCACAGAGAGGAUCAUCUCUGUCUCUUUCCCCGCCGGUGCCGAAGAGCGCAGCUACACCACCAACCUCAAGGAGGUGGCGACAAUGCUACAGUCGAAGCACGGCACAAACUAUCUGGUGCUCAACUUGAGCGAUUGGAGGAAUGAUUUGUCAAAAUUAAACCCCAAGGUUCUGGAGUUUGGCUGGCCGGAUCACCAUGCACCAGCACUGGACAAGAUCUGCAGCAUGUGCAAAGCUAUCGAUACUUGGCUUAAUGGAGACCCACACAAUGUGGUGGUACUGCACAAUAAGGGGAAUCGAGGUCGAACUGGGGUGGUGGUGGCUGCGUAUAUGCACUACAGCAAUAUAUCUGCAAGUGCUGACCAGGCACUGGACAGGUUUGCUAUGAGGCGUUUCUAUGAAGACAAAGCACUUCCUGUGGGUCAGCCAUCGCAGAGAAGGUAUGUGCGAUACUUUAACGGCCUCCUUUCUGGACACAUCAAAAUCAACAACAAGCCUCUGUUCCUGCAUCACGUCAUCAUGCACGGCAUACCCAACUUUGAAUCCAAAGGAGGCUGCCGUCCCUUCCUGAAGAUCUACCAGGCAAUGCAACCAGUCUAUACGUCAGGAAUAUACAAUGUGCAAGGAGACAGCAACACCAGUAUCUGCAUCACUAUUGAACCUGGACUCCUUUUGAAGGGAGACAUUUUGUUGAAAUGUUACCACAAGCGAUACAGAAACCCAACCAGAGACGUGGUGUUUAGAGUUCAGUUCCAUACUUGUGCCAUCCAUGACCUGGGGGUGGUUUUCGGGAAGAGUGAGCUGGAUGAGACAUUCAAAGAUGACAGGUUCCCAGAGUACGGGAAGGUGGAGUUUGUUUUCUCAUAUGGACCAGAAAAAAUCAAAGGUUUGGGCCACCUGGAGAAUGGGCCGAGCGUUUCUGUGGACUACAACACCCAGGACCCUUUGAUCCGCUGGGACUCGUACGAUAAUUUUGACCAGCGCUGUGAGGACGCAACAGAUGGCGAGCAUGAUGUUGUUCACACCCAAGGUCCACUUGAUGGAAGUCUAUAUGCCCGGGUCCGCAAAAAAGACUCCCUGGGGGAAGUCGUCACCAUCAAUGGCCUCCCAAUCCGGGACAACCCCUUGACAAAUGCAGAGAACUCAUUGCAGCAGACCAACCACCCCUUGCAAACAACUGAGCAGACCCUUCCUGUGACUGGUCAUACUUCCCUCCCUGCUGUUGACCAUACCCUCUCUGUGAGCAGUGACUCAGGCAACUCAACUGCAUCCAUCAAAACUGAUCGUACUGAUGAGCACAGUCAGUCCCUGCACAGUGCUGUGAGCCACAACAAUCCAACAACAAACCAUCCACCACUCAGCCCACAAGAGAAAAGAGAGCUUGACCAGCUUCUGAGUGGCCUUGAAGCACCAACUCAACGGCAAGCCUAUCUGUCCACAUCUGCCAGCCCAGGAGGAGGAGUACGACACCUGGUCCCUGCGCAGGUCCACGUCAACGGGGGCCACACCAGAUUAGUUGGUGCACCUUCGACAGAUGCACGUGAGACAGACAUUCUCGACGACGAACUGCCUAAUAGCCAAGAGGGGAACAGUGUGGACAGCUUGGGUACACUGUCAUCGCUAGAGGGUCAGGCAACACCAGGUGACCUCUACUACCAAUCACAGCCACCUGUCAGUGGACAGAACGACGGACCAUACCUUGAGAGAAACAUCCUUGGGGAAAAACUGAGCGACAUGCCAGUACAUGGAGUCCGAACUCCUAUGGCAAUGCAAGAGAGGUCUGUGGACUCACCAUCACCUCAAGGGGGAUACAACAACUACCAAAAUGGAGGAGGGAUGUAUCGUUCACAAUCUUUUGGGAAUCCACCUGCCAGCAGCCCUGAGACAAAUCUUAAGCUGAUGCCCAGGGCCCCUGAGAGGAGCACCAGUAGUCGAGAAGCUGUUCAGCGAGGGCUCAGUGCCUGGCACCAAUAUAGUCUUCCAGAUGAUCCAUUUGGCCCUCCUCUUCAAUCAACCCACAGCCUGCCCCAUUUUCCAACCUCGGCCUCACAGCGAGACAUUGAGCAAUCCAUUGAGGCACUGAACAUGCUGAUGCUCGAUUUGGACCCAAUCAACUCCCACAUGUCAAAGUCUCAUAGUGCACCACCUGGGGAGAACAGCCUAAGUUCAUCCCAGGUACCCUUCUCCCAGACUUUGGCUAGGCCGUCGUACCAAGCAGACUCUGCCAUCCAUGGCUACAACAACUCUGGUUCAGUCAACAACACCUAUCAUCAGCCCCUACGUUCAGUUGGGAGGGUUUCGACAUUGCCAAACCAGAGUCCAGUUAUGGAGUCUCCAGCAUACUCCCCCCAGAGGUCCAACGCUGGCUACCAACACCAAAACACUACUCCAACACACACCCCCGAGCCCUACCUCCACACACGGCAGACAUCCCACCACUACUCCAUCCUCAAUGAAGUUUCAUCGUCAAACUUCAACCAGCAGGCACCACAGAAGCCAAUCAACUCGUACGCAGCCAUUGGAGUUUCACACUCUCCAGACCUCCAGGGGUCAUCUCCUUACCCAGGCUACAGCACCUCUUCUUCUCCGCUUCCUGCAAUAACCCCUCAGCCCAAGGAAACAUCUUCUUCACCAUUGCCCAGAGAACAAGAUCCAGAGGAAGAGACACUAAACUUGGAAGGUCUUGUUGCUCACCGCAUUGCUGAGUACAACGCUCGAAUUCGUGGCAUCAGUGAAAGCAUGACACCACAACAAUCUGACCGCCAUCGCUCCUAUUCCUUCUCUGGAGUUCGCUCCAGAGGGAUGACACCGGAGGUGAUGCAAGAGACAGGCAGGCGUCGGACCACGAGUGAGGGCCAGUACCAGAGCAGCCAUGAAAACACAUCAGCAGCACAUUCACCAGACUUUGCCAACAAUUUGGCCCUCAACCCAGGAGGAAGACCCAGAGAGGGUCCCAUGCACAGUUACCGGGAGGCAUUUGAUGACGAUGAGGCGGGAAGGCUUGCCAACAGUCCCACCAUUGGUGGUGGUGGUGAGAACUACCCCCUGACCCCCAGUUUCCCCGUGUCACCACAGAGUCCUUACUUCAACGUGUCUCGCUCCACUCCAGGUCUGACUAAGACUCCUUUGUCAGCACUGGGAUUGAAACCUCAUCAACAAGGUGGAUCAGACUCUGAUUCUAAUGAUGGAGAGCAAGAUAAUCUGAGUUAUGGGGACUCCAGGGCACAACCUUUCAAUGCUCCUUUCUCCUCCAGCAGUCCUGUCCACAGUGUUGAUGGAAGGAAUAUUGGUUCUUUGGAUGGUGCCCCACACAGCCCUGCUUCCAUGCAUGCCCACAGACCCGCCUCCCCAGAGGGCUCCCAGGUCAACAUCAUGGGCGUGCAUACUGUUCCCGGCAGCCCUAACACCCUCCACCGCACAGUGGCCACCAACACCCCACCCAGCCCUGCCCUCCAAAGACGUCUAGGUCAAGCCAGCCCCUCACUGGCCAGACAUCCCCCUCCAGGUGGCGUUCCCUCCAGCCCUCUGAUUGGCCGAAGCUCUAAAACAGCAGCUGCUGUUCACCCGAGCCCAUUAAUGGGACGUCGCACAACAGCAAGUGGACAUAGCACACCCGAUGAGCUUGGUGCUGCGUCCCGUCAGGGAAGCACCCAACCGCCUCCCACACCCACCUUCCCAGUCUCCCCACAGUUGCCUGAAAAAAGACAUAUGUCCAGCGGAGAUGCAGAGAGGACAGACAACAAGAACCUGACACCGACACCAGCUAGCGGUGGCAGCACGCCAAACCUGUCCGGCGCACACACCAUCCCAGACGUCUCAAAGUCCAUAUAUGAUGGUUAUCCUGACAUUAAGAUGAAUGUUAAGUUUGUACAGGACACCUCCAAGUUCUGGUACAAGCCAGACAUCUCCAGAGAGCAAGCCAUCAAUCUGCUAAAGGACAGGGAGCCCGGAGCGUUCAUCAUAAGGGACAGCCAUUCUUUCCGUGGGGCCUAUGGUUUGGCAAUGAAGGUGGCCUGCCCCCCACCAACCGUCCAGCAGAACAAAAAAGUUGGUGACAUGACAAACGAGCUGGUGAGGCACUUCCUGAUUGAGACGAGCCCCAAAGGUGUCCGCCUGAAGGGCUGCCCCAAUGAGCCCUACUUUGGAUGUCUCUCUGCUCUGGUGUACCAGCACUCGAUGACCCCACUGGCCCUCCCCUGCAAGCUGAUGAUCCCCACCAAAGACCCAAAUGAAGAAGCGUUGGAGCUUGCCACGCCAACUGAUCCAGUUGUUGAACUUCUCAAACAAGGAGCAGUUCAGAGCGUUCCUGAGGAAGCACAUGCGUGCAAUGUUCUUUACAUCAACUCUGUGGACAUGGAAUCUCUCACGGGGCCUCAGGCCAUUGCCAAGGCAAUUAGUCAGACGCUGGCAACCAACCCUCUUCCUGCUGCCACCACCGUCCACUUUAAAGCAUCCACACAGGGCAUUACGCUCACGGACAGCCAGAGGAAGAUUUUCUUUAGGCGACAUUACCCCAUCAAUACGGUAACAUACUGUGACACAGACCCCCAGGACAGAAAAUGGAGCAAAGAAGGAGGUGGUUCAGUGAAGCUUUUUGGAUUCGUUGCAAGGAAACAAGGAAGCACAACUGACAAUGUCAGCCACUUAUUUGCUGAGCAGGACCCAGAUCAGCCUGCCACCGCCAUCGUCAGCUUCGUCUCCAAAAUGAUGAAGCGGUGAAGUCCCUAACUCUGAAAGGCAGUGGCCAUUUUGCAAUCUUUCAUCGUCGUUUGUGUCCUUUUUAGCCAGGACUCGAUGAUGUCCUUUAAUUUCAGUUUAUUCAUGAUUCGUUUCCGCUUCCUUUCUAUCUUGUUUCCUCUCUGCCUUGCUGGUUUGUCUUUUUUGGAGUUGACUCUCCUUGAAGGCUUUGGUAUGGAUCCAGAGUGGAGCUAGAGGACGUGUGGUGUGGAGUUGUGCACGUGACAAACAUGGGAGGCCAUUAGAAGGAGGAGCUUUAUUCACAGGGCAACCUGUGCUUAGAGAAAUAGCUAGCUAAAGACUAAAGGAACAAUGCUACGUUCAGUCGGGGAACGUGUAAAGACUUGUAUGUUUCAGGGUUUUCUGUUGAUUUUGUUGAUUGAUUUACCAAAGGUAGUAGCAAUACAAGUGCAAGAAUGAUGUAGCUAUUAAGCCAUUAUUAUUUCCUCUUUUAAAAGAUAAAGUGUUGAACAAAACACAGAAAAAAAGAAAAGAAUUCUGGUUUCUUCAAAAAAUUUGUCUUCAGGAAAAAAGUUGGCCUUGAUGGCUUUUAGCAAAACAGUAUCUGAAGACAUUCUGCAUGUUAGCUUGAUCUUUAAGCUUGGUUCUUCUACUUUCCACAAAAGUCAUUGUGAAAUCCUUAGAGGUCAUUUAUGGGUCUGCUGUGUGUUGGAAAGGGCUCUGCAGUGAAACAACAACUAAUCUAAACUGUGCAUAGCAGACCUGACUCAAAAACAACAACAAAAGAAGAAGAAAAAAAAAAAGAAAAACACCACACUUGGUGUUAGUGCAGCCACAGCUUGUAGCACCUUCACCAGUCAAAACCUGAUUGCUCCAACUUGCUUCCUGAAUUGACUCUCAUCUGAAAUCAGCAAGCUCCUGAUAGCAUGGCAAAGAGAGCGAAGAAGACUGUUUGUCCACAAGAUGGCGCCAUGCAUUCAGGCUUGCACUUUGCCCUCAGACUUUCCCCAUCAGCACCUGCUUGCAGUAGUGGAUCUGUUGGACGCUGCCACUAAAACACACUGGAAACCACCAGGGACUGGCCCAAUGACCUGGACCUAUGCACUGUUCUUUAUGCAUGUUGUUGUCCCAAAAAAAAAAAAACAAAAAAAAAAAGCACCCUCCCUCAUAGCUACACUCAACAUCACUGAAAACAUUCUAUGCUGUGUGCUUUAAAUGGAAAAAAGAACAAAAAAAGAAAACUUAGACAAGUACACUGAGGUUGUUCCACUUGUCAAAGACUGCAUGAAAUAGACACCAUUUUUGUACUCUUCUCAGAGUCCUAAAAAAGAAGUAGACAACCCAUUUUUUUAAAAUAAUCACAUGAUGGCAAGAUGCUAUAUUUUAACUUUUUGUUUCCCUUCCAGUUUUGGUCGAUUUGAGCCAAGGUUACCUUUCACAGUUUGUUUUUUUUUUCUUCCACAGUGUUGUCAAAAUUUACAUUUAGAUUACAUUUUAGGGCAAAGGAAAAAGAAACACAUGCACUGUGCGCAAUGCCUGCUUGUUGAACACACGCUCAACCAUUCACAAUAAGCUAAGGAAAAAUGAUAUUGAUAUAAAUGUACAUAGAUAUAUGACUUUGAAAGGUGACAUAGCGAAAAAGUAUUUAUUUUUGUUGCUUUGGUCCCUCAUGAUUACUCAUAUAUACAUAUAUUGUACAGUCUAGAUAAAGAAUAAUGGGUUGAGAAAAAAUAUAUACUUAUUUUGGCUAAUGAUUUCAAAGUCUGAAGAUUUUGAAAUGUGUUUGAAUAUAUGGUGUACAUUACUUUGUACAUGUAUGUUUUUUCUUGGCUCGUCAUGUUUUUCAUUUUUGUGUUCUAUCAGAAGAAGGCAGGGCAGGAAUGGGAUAGAAGCCAAGAGUCUGAGUUGCAUGGAUAGGAGCAUCUGAGUGUGUUUUGCACACACUGAAGCAAAUGUAUUGUAGCUGGUAGAAUUUAGAUAAAAGGGAACCUCAGAGGCUAAACUCAAAUGCAAUAUGAAAACAGCUGUUUGCACCCAUGAUAGUUACAAUUAUGAUUUUGCCAAAGAUUCCCACAUGUUCCAUCUAUGUUGACUGCAGGCUGCAUGUUGCUUUUUGUAUCCGACAGCUUCUUAGUUACACACUUUGUUCAGCUCAAGCAGAAAUUUUACAAACCAGCCAGUGCUCACAGAUGUGAGUGUUAUGGGAUGUACAGUUUACCAAGGGCCCCUGGCACUCAUAUAGCGAGACUUUCAGCUGCACAUGACAAAAGCUUUUCUUUUUUUUUUUUUAGUUUUGUUUUUACUGGCAUCUCAUUGCUCCAAAAAUGUGUCCACCUCCAUCGCCUGUUCAAGAAAGAACAAGCCGGUUGUUUCCUGUUGGAAGGGCAUAAACAAAGCACUUAUAUUCACAAUACCAAAAGAGGAGUGACAUAAAUUUCAUGUGGGUGUCAGUGUUGAAGGUAAAUAAAGUCAGACGAGUCUCACCGUGAUGCUAAAGCUCCACAGCUGCAGCUUUGUCAGAUCCCUGCCAAAGGUGUCUCCUCCAGCCCCCCUAACAGUUAGCAACUUAUUUAUUCUUAUUUAUUCUUUUUUUUCUUGACAUGUUUUUUAAAAAAUUGUGUAUCAUUGUCACGUUUUUUGCAGUUUUAAUGUCUAUUAACAGAUUUCGGAAUGUAUGGUGGCGCUUUAUUGAAAGCAAAGAGGUACAGAGCACUUCAUUUAACUAGUAACAAGUUUCAUGUUAUCUGAACUCUGAAGAGGAAAAAAUACUAUGAUUGAGUGUUGCAUAAAUAAAAAAAAUAAAUUUAAAUAAAUAUUUAAAAAAAAGAUAAAUCUGAAAUUGCAUUGUACCUGUUGGCUUUGAGUCAAGAGUUACCUUGUGUGAUUGAUAAAAAUAAGAAUCUGUGACCCCUUGUGCAGUUGGGAUUUGUAUGUUGUAUGAAUGUGCUACCAAGGAUGUACAAAAGGGGCUCAGAUUUUGUUUGCGCUUAUCAUUUACAUUAUAUUGUCAUGGCUUACCUGUUCCUGGGGAAAGAAAAAAAAUACAUUAAAGCAAUACAGAUCAGUUACAUCAA